UUUCACCUGUGCAAAACGUCCAGCGCACAAACUCCGUCUCUUUGAAACACAGUCCUCGGGGACCUGCGUGCUCGUGUGUGUUUAUGUUUUUAUUUAUUUAUUUAUUAUUUUUUUUUUAUAUUUCGCUUCUAAAAGGUUUCUCGGUAAUUCGUUUUGGAGGUUUUUAAUUGGAGUGACAGUGACUUGGUGUAGAGGUUGACUGAGAUUGAUACAGAGAACGGUCCCCAAACGGUAGGAGGGAAGUAUCGGGACUGUGUUUUUUCGAGUCGUGUGUGUGAACUGAAGGAUUGAAAAACGUUCCAGAGUGGAAGACGAAGCAACGUUCAUAUCAACUCAUCUGUAAAAUAAAGAAAAUUGUUAAUCGGGCUUAUGAUGAGAUGAGAUAGUCCAGGUGGUGUGACAAGAAAGGAGACCGAGGAUGCCUGACGUGACCCGCUCAGACUCCCAACGAUCCGACGUUUCGAACAGGCCUCGCGUAUCCUUCAACAGAGACGUGCACGUCAAACGGAUCGUGCCACGAGAAAGUGGUCGGAUCGUUGGCGCGGUUAGCGCGGACGGAGCGGGUCACUUGGUGGCUUCGCCCGUCAGAAAAGAGCGGCUCAAACGCUCCAAAAAAGAACUUGCCGAAGAAGCCGCCCGGGUCCUACACCAAGCCGAUAAACUCGACUGCGUUACCCAGGACAAAGGUGUUCUCCCAGAAAAAUUUUAUACUCUGCCUAACAGGCGAAAACAGAAACCGGAUUUUAUAUCAUCGUCUUUAGAUCGCCGAUUAAGAAGAAACUCUCUAGAACCUGUGCCACCCAAAAAACCACCACGCACGUUUGCAACCUUAAGUACACCCCACACCACACAGAAAACCUCAAUAUUCGACAUAUUUAAGAAGUCUGACAAAAAAGACGCAAAAAAGUCGAAUCUUCGUAGAAGCGUCAGCGAUGCUACGAAUUUAAAGUCUAAAGCUUAUGGAUCGCAAGGUGAUUUACUGAGAAAACGAUCCGGAAGUGACUCUGAGGAAGUUUCCCCUGUAAAGUCACCCAAAAAACAAUUGUCGCCUAUUAUUGAAGUAACACAAAGAGAUGAUUACUUUUCGAAAGGUCGAAAUGAUGACAAAGAGAACAUUCUUAGUAAUGACAAUGUAAGUAUAAAAGCACCAGCAAGAAGGAAAUGCAAGAAGUCGGAGAGUGUUACCGAAAAAUUAAAAGAGUACAUAAAUGAAGUGGAUGAAGAAAUAUUUAAAGAAACAGGAGUAAGAGUAGCACCUCCGGAAGAUAUCAAAGAACCCGAGAUUAUUAUAAUUGAUGUUGAUAAGGCAGAAAAGAUAACAAACAAUAAACAGAAAACGAGUUUAGGAAAAAAAUUGAAAUCGUUGACACAGAAGAAAAACAAGUCCAAUGAAGCUAAGAACAAAAAUCAAAACAAAAAAGCUGGAAAACCCAAGGAGAUUUUAAAUGAAGAAUUGAUCCUAGAAAAGCCAAAGCUUGAGGAAAAAUUAUCAGCGGGAUCAAAUUCAGCCUCUCCGAGAAUAAAGGAGGCGAUCGAGAAUUUGGAGAACUCAGGUAAACGUUCCCCGAACAUGAUUCACAGUAGUCAAAAACCGGCAGAUAAACUGCCUCUAACCAAAGGUCGAACAGUGGAUCAUAUGGUGAAAAGACUUAGCACUGAUUCAGCAUCACCACCUCCGAAAACAAACAUUUUAAUAUCCCCCAAUGUUUCCAUGCAACACAAUAACAACCAACCGUUCUCUUAUACCAGGGGCAUAAGUCCUGAGAAGUACAUGUCCAAUGAAAACUUACCCAACCCUAGCAGUCCUAUUAUUUAUGCUCAAGUGGUGUGUGGAAAAAAUGGCACGAGCGGGCCGACCAAACAAACUGUACACACCGCGUACCAAAACGGAAAGAAACAUCCUCAUUCGGACUCCGACGAAGGUUUGGGUUAUGAGGAGAAUACAGGGUUUAAUCGAGAGAAGACCAUUACACAUUUUGGGGAUGACAGAUUUAAUGAUUCGUUUAGAAAAACCGAAGAUUUCUUCGAUGAGGUGGAUAAGUUUGCCGAAGAAACACCAAUAACCCCCAAGUUCACAAAUCCCGCCUUCAUAAACGGUUACAGCGGUGAUUACAGAAAAGUAAACUCUUACUCGAGACAAGAGCACACAGGAUAUAUAGACUCGUCUUCCAGGGGACGUGGGGACGGAAUGGACGCGAAGAGACGAGAAAGUUUAACAGAACAGUUCGAAAACGGCUUCGGAACCCCCAAUGGAAACGGAAGAAGUGACUUGAGCGCUAGACGUGACCUUUUAGAGUCGAGGAUUAAUCGAAGAUUGAACGACUCAGGGGUGCGGCACUCGCCAGAAUAUCCAAGUCAAACACCCACUCACGUUUACGUCACGGAAUCAUCGUCGAAAUAUUACCGUAGCGGAUCGAUUAGUCCUGUUGGCUACAAGGAAAAGUACGUGUCGGAAACAAGGACAGAUAAGAAUGGCGAACGGCGUACCACCGAGUCCCGCAGCAAGAGGUAUUUCGGUGAUCACCCCGAACGCCACACCUCAAAGAAUUACCAGAGUUUCGACAAUGAGCCGAAAAGUUUCGAUUCGCAGAUAAGCGAUUACAGAUCGUCGCCGGAGAACCGCCAGUUCGAAGCUAGUCAUAAUAGGUACAACGCCAGAAGCGACAAACAGAAAAUCUUUAAGGACAGGGACUACUACAAAUCGACUCCGGAGAUUCAUCACCAGGAUUAUGCGGACAACUACAGGGAUUCUUACCACGACUCGCUACGCAGGGAGAGACACGAAAACAGACUAACCAGCUCUUCGAGAUACCGAUCUGAGCGCUAUUUGGAUCACAGCGAAAACGAAAGAAAGGAUAAAUUUGGAGACUCCGGAAUAGAAAAUGACUUCCGCAGAGACUCCGGUGAGAACUGGCGCGCUUCUCGUCCUCCCCGCCGACGGGAAUACUGUAACGAGAGUGAAGAUGAAGGCUUCGCCAGCUCUUUGCUGAUCGCCAGUGAGCGUCAGCAUACUGAAGACAACAUAAACGGUAGGAAAAAGAAGGAUUACGAUUCGGACAGGGCAUAUUCCAAAGAGGACGAUCCUUAUAGACACUUAGAGCACCUGGACUAUAAAAUGAAGCUCAAGGCGCACGACUACGUACCAAGAGAAAGGAGUAUCGAUGACGGAUCGCAUUUCGACCCCAGGAUUGACAAAGGUUUUGACCGAAACACUUUAAAGAAGGUGGAGAAGAAGCCCCCGAAACCAGAGAAAAAGAGCAAUUUGGAAAAAAUGAAAUCACUGUUCACAAGGGACAGUAAAAAGAAAAAGGAGAAGCUCCAACAGCAACAACAUCAGAAUAUGGUUAGGGAAGAGAGUUUGAGAGCCAGAUAUGUGGAAUACAAAGGCAGAGACAACGAACCGAAGUACAAGAAGAAAGAAAUGAACGAUGAAAAUUCGAGCUACGAUUACAGCAACAGGAGACGUUUGUCGACGCCGAGCCCGAGUCCUACGCGUGAAACUACGGCACAGCGAAAUGAAAAACCGGCGGAAACCACCCACGGAAGCUGGUUCAAAUCGCUGGACAGGCUGUCCCGCAAAAAGACCAAAAAGGACGAAAGGGACGGUAACCUGACAAGCACCGAAGAAGACUCGCCGCUAAAACCGACGCCGACAAAGAACCUGAGGUUCUUCGGCGACACAGAUAUCGAAUCGAACGACAGCACUCGUCACCGCUCUACUCAUAAACAUCGGCCAGGGAUUUUAGGCCGUGACCGUGUUCGAAGUCAGUCCACCCGCGAUUUGCACAAUAUUUCAGAAGAGUUACGCUCCCCUGACCUGGGUGCAAAGAAAACGAGCCAUAAGUCGAUGACCAACAUUACCGAAGCUGAAUGUGUUAAAAGCAGCCUGAAACCUCCAAUGUCACCGAAUCAUAGAGUUAGGGAGGAUACGAAAGGUAGGGAGGACAGGAACAGGAGAAGAAAGAAUGAGGUGAGCUCAGUAGAGAGUUCCACGGAAGGUGAUAGCAGUCAGCAGUCACAGAGAAGCAUAGUAUAUCUGCAUGCAGCUACAGUUGGAGACAUUCCGGGACCAGGAUAUUUACGGAACGGUAGACGGGCUGCAUCGAGAGAAGAACUGGCAUCGAACAGUUCAAGUAGAAUUCAACAUCAGGAGAAAACGCUCAGUCGUUCAUUCUCAGUGUUGGCGCCCUGGAAACCCAGACAUUACCGUGAGGCAAUGGAUAUAGAUUACACUCAAUACCCAAAACAACAAGUCAAAAAUGGAAAAUACGAGCAAAAAAUAACUAAGAACGGAUCUAGUCGAAAGGAGAACUCGUCCACGCUCAAGAAGAAAGCCCAAGAAACCAAACGUAACCAAAAUAUGAGCACCCUCACCAGAAAGUCCAAGAGUAAAGAAAAUUUGGCUUCGCAGAACUUCAGAAAGUCCAACGGCGACUUAUCCAAAGGUUCUAGUUCCACUUUAUACAAGAAAAAAGAUAAAUUACCACGCGAGAACUCGCGUUACUCCAGGGGCGAUAGAGAUGAGAAAAAAAUAGCUUCUAAAAGCCUGUCAGUAGAGUCUCUCGGAAGCAAUAGCAGAUCGGGCAGGAGCAGAGACGAGAGAGAUAUAUCAAGGUCGGUUUCUAUGCCAAGAGAUCCAGAAAAGUCCGCAGGCUGGUUCAAGAUGUCCAAGAAACCCAAACAUUCCGCCAGUGCCCAACGACUGUGAUUCACUAUUUCUUUUAACAAAGCGGCAUCAAUCUUUAACUGAUUAACCCAAGUGCCAUCUGCUGUAGCAAAAAAAAAAUGUUCUCUCAAAUUUAAUAUAUGGUUAAAUUGCGACCGAGAACCUAUUGUCAGAUUUUUAGUUUUAAUAUUGAAAAAAUGUGCCUUAUUAUUUUAAUUGAACUUCUCUUUCAUUAUGUGCGGGAACCUAGUGAAAGGGAAGUUGAAUUCGUUCUAGAAUUAACUACUGAGCUUUAUAAACGCUGUUAUUUAUCUAACCUUUAAUUUAGGAUUCAAUGUACUGAUUAUCAAUCGCUAAUCAUUGAAUACUGGUGCUAUAUUAGGACUUAACAAUACUUUGUAAAACUUUGUAAAUAACAACCUUUUAAUUUUGUAAAUUAUGGGUAAGGUACUUAUAUCUAAAGUAUAGAAAAUAUGUUUAAAAUUAUUUUGUUACCAAAUUACUUAUUAUGAAUUUGGAUCCUGUAGAAAUGUUUUAUAUAAAUUAAGAUAGUUGUAUUAUUUUAAAAUUUAGUCACUAAAACAACUAUUUUUGUAAUUAUGUGCUAUAUUAAACACAAAUAAACAGUUAAUACAUUAA